UGGAUUUGUCUUACCCUGUGACAUAAUUUAUUUUCCAAACAAGCAAUCUUAGAACAUCUAUAUCGUGUACAUAUAUGAAGCAGGUGAAAUCUUUCCUCCAAAAAGGAGUAAAUCUUGUCAGUUACUAAUUAUAUUUUGUGGUGGUUUCAUAUUAUUUAGAUUUGUUCUAUACAUUAUUGUUAGGUAUUAUGCAUGACUGUUCGUACCGUGUGAUUAAAAUAUUACGAUUCAGUGUCAAUAACGCAUAAACAUAAAGCACAUUUUACCGUCUGUUUGUUUGCUGUUGGGUGUUUUUUUUUUUUUUUUUUUUUUUUUUUUUGACACUGUUCUAUGCAUUAAGUGAAUGGGACCCAUAAUUCCAUUUGAUCAAAUAAGCCACCGAGCGACACACAUAGAUCGAUAUGGUUGAUUGUGGCCAUGACAACUGCGUCAUAACCGAUACCCGUCCCGGGUGAGAACGGAAUCAAAUAUACAUUUGGUGACAAUUAUCGACUUAUUAAUAGAAUGAAGUGUUUUAUUGACUCACUAUCACGGCUGAAAUACUGUGAUACGUAUAUACUUAGACGGUUAGUUAUACACGUACAUUGAAACCAAUCAGCAAAACACAUCAAUGUAAAUUUUAGUUCACACGAUGACAGGUAUUUCAACAUGUUUUUGUCACCGAAGAUAUUCACUGCGUUGGGAUUCGUGAUAAUACAAGAACAAGCAACUCUAGUUUCAGGCGCGGUGAAUUCAUCAACCAAGGGCAUUGAUGGCGUUUCGAUUUUGGCUAACGGCGGAAGUGACAAAUCGUCCAUCGAAAACGAGGUUCUCGGACCACUCAGGGUGUGGCACAUUGUGUUUCUGGUCUGUGUGGUGCUUCUUGUCAUAGUUGUUAUCGUCUGCUGCUGUGUUGAUUACCGUAUCCCUAGAACCAGACAAGAAAUCGAAGAAAGAUACCAGAAAAGAAUUGACAAUUCAAAAUUUGUUAAAUACUUGGACAGUCUUCCCGAUAAUGCAGCGAAUCUUAGACUAAACAAAAAAGUUUCGUCAAGGUCCUCUAUAGAAGUAGAUACCAAUAUUCCCAAGAUCAAGGUCACUAAGGACGGCAAUCUAGCAGUGGCGACACCCCUAGCUGGCCAUCCCAGCAAAGCUCUAGCUGAAUUGGCUAAAAGGAAACAGUUUGGCGAACCCAAGUCUCGACCUGGACAGAAAGCAAUGGCUACUGCUAUGCAGUCAGUACCGAAGCCGCAAAUAACAGGAAAAACAAGACAAUCAUCGAACAAUCAUUGAUAUGUGUCGAGAUGAGUUAUCGGGAUCCCCGUAUUCCGAUACUUCACGAACUUCAAUAUUUGGAGUGCUCUGUUGCAUCACUCGUGCACAAAUGCAAACCGUGAUAGUAUAAACAGCACACACGAGGCACACAAGCAAGCAAGCAAACACACACACACACACACGCACGCACAAAGAAACAAUUUGCAAGCGAGCACAUAGGCCUACACGCCACCACCUCCUUGACCACAAUCAUCAUCAUCACCACCACCACCACACCAUAGCCUUCUAGGACUGUCUCAAACACGGGCGUUCGGGUCCUGGCUGGGGUUUAUGGGUGUUUAGUUAAAAAAAAACCCAUAUCAUUCGAUGGAACGAGUCGCAUCAUGUUUUGUCGUAUAUAUUGACAUACUGUAUACGGCAAUUAAAGGUAUGACUCGUUCCAUGGAGUGGUUCUAACAAAAAACCCAUAAACUCCAAACAGGACCCGAACGUCCGUGGUCUUACACUGUGUGCUCCGAUUAGGAGGUGCGGGGACACAACGCCAAAAUAUCUCACACAUACCUCUUGUACACUGAACAACAAAUAUUAAUUUAGUUCUGUUUAAUUUCUGUUAUUUAAGUUAUUGCUUGAAUCUCAUUAGUUUUUGUAUCUAUUAAAAUUAACGAGGGCGGGACAUAGCUCAGCGGUACAGCGCUCCUUUGAUGCGCGGUCGGUCUGGAAUCGACCCCCGUCGUUGGGCCCAUUAGGCUAUUUCUCGUUCCAGCCAGUGCACCAUGACUAG